AUGUCUGAUGAUAUUUAUGACGAUGUGAUCAGAACUGAGUCUGAGAGAGUGGAGAUGAAAGUGGCUAUCUAUGAGAGUGCAGACUGUGUGAGAGAUCAUAACUUCUUGCCAGAGACAAACAAACACCGACCACUUCAGCAAACAGGAUGUGAUUGUGUAAAGAACCGAAGCUCCAGAGCAGCUGCAGUGUGUUUGGUGCUGAUGUGUGUUCUUCUGCUGACUGCAGUCAUAGUGCUGUGUGUCCACAUCCAUACAAAGAACACAAACUACACAAAAGAGACACAACAGCUACUAACCAAGAUCACCAACCUCACAGAAGAGAGAGAUCAGCUACUAACCAAGAACAUAAACUUAACAAAUGAAAGGGAUGGAUUAUCAACUAAAAAUGACAACCUGACUAAACAAACACAGCAGUUUAAUCAGGAGAGAAAUGAACUGGUGAAGAGUCUUCACGAAACAGAUGGAUGGUCAUACUAUAAUUUAAGUUUGUACUUCAUUUCCUCUGAGUGGAAAAGCUGGACUGAGAGCAGAAGAUACUGUAAAGAGAGAGGAGCAGAUCUGAUCAUCAUAAACAACAGAGAGGAACAAGUGAGUGAAAGAGUGGGGUGGAGGAAAACCAGUAAAGGACUGAAAAAGAAUAUAUUUUCUUAAGAAUAUGUCAUCUAUUUGGAAGUAAGAACAAAAGGGUGUUUCAGUUUUGAAAUAGUUUACUUAGAUUAUUCUAAACUCUGGGUAAACUGAAUCCUGGGUCAUCGCUUUUCACGUUUUACACUGCUUAUACUUU